CGUAAACCCGCCAUUUUGUGCUCCUUGCGACAAGGGAGAGGAAGUCCCGAUGAAUUCCGAGAAUACGGCAGAGAGGCAGCCUGUGGUGGCCCCGAGCGGUGUCGGGGAGGAAGAAGAGCAUGAUGUUCACAAAUGUGGCCGUUGUCAGACAGAGUUUUGCAACCUGGAGGCUUUCAUUACCCACAAACUACAGAAAGCAUGCCAGCGGAUCCAGGCGCUGUCCACUGGUGACUCUGACCAUCUGCAUAUCUACCAGGCAACUCCCAAGGAGUCAGUGUCCUUGGACUCGGCAAUCACUCUCACGCAGUUGGUUGUGGCUUCCCUAUCACAGCCCGAAGCAAACAGUAAAUCGCACUCAGUUGAUGGGAGCAACAAGACAUGCCAGAUCUCAGAGGAACAAUUGUGUGAAUACCCUCAGCUACAGCAGAAUGAACAUCCCACCAGUGAUGGAGCUGAUGGCCACAGUUGUCAGAAAAGCUCGGAGGAAGAGAGUGGGGCUGAAAAGAAGAGAUUUGAGAUGAUUCUAACUGAUGAAGGGCGAUUCGUGUGUCAGAUCUGCGAAAAAACUUUCAAAACGGCUGUCAUCCUAAAGGCUCACAUGGUUACCCAUAGUGACAAGAAGGCUUUCAAAUGCAAGAUUUGUGGGAUGGCAUUUAGAACAAAGGGAUCUUUAGUUCGACACAACCGACGGCACACAGAUGAGCGGCCUUACAAAUGCCGAAUGUGUGGAAUGAGUUUCCGAGAAUCUGGAGCCCUCACUCGCCAUAUGAAGGCCAUCACUCCUUGUACAGAGAAAGUAAAGUUCCAGCAAAUGAAACUUGUUUCGACACCAUACCAGGAGGAGCCUGAGCCAGUGAAUAAACCUGAGAUUCAGGAAGUAAACAAACAGAUUGAAGAACUGGCAACACCGAAUUCCCCAGAAACGACAGCAAUGAUCAAUGUGCUGACGAAUUCUGAAGGAAAUAUCGAGGAAGUGCAGGUCCAUAAUGUGAGCCACGAUCUGGAUCCUGAGGUUGAACAAAAACCAGAGUCACCUGCUUCCACUGUGCUGCCUCCAGAGGGGGAGACUGGCAAUGAGAACCUGAUCUGUCAGGCCAUGAGGAAUUCUGGGAUUGUCAUAGAAACUGUAACAAUUGGAGAUUCUGAGAAAUCCGCAGAAGAUUCUCCAUUGACUGUCGAGGGAGGCAUUGAGGAGGAUGUCAUAGAGGACGAUUGCAUUGAGAUGGAGGAAGAUGAUAUGAUAAACUCAAAAAGCGAGAGCAGCUACAAUGGCUUCCAGUGCCCUCACUGCAGUCGAGUGUUCCGAGGGUCCAGCUACCUACGUCUGCACAUUAAAGCACAUUUAGGUUACAAGCCCCACAGGUGUGAGCUGUGUGGGAAGGAGUUUAUGACGGCCUACAUUCUGAGGAAGCACUUGGAGUCUCACUACAAUGAGCGGCGCUUCAAAUGUGGGGAGUGUGGCAAACUGUACAAGAGCAUUGCCCAUGUAAAGGAACACAUGAGGGCGCAUUCGGAUGAUCGGCCAUACCCAUGCCCAAAAUGUGGCAAAAGAUACAAGACCAAGAACGCACAGCAAGUUCACUUGAGGACACACUCUGAGGACAAGCCGUUUGCUUGUGACUACUGUACCCGGGCAUUUCGAGAAAAGGGCUCCCUCAUCCGACAUGUGCGACUCCACACAGGAGAGAAGCCAUUCACGUGCUACAAAUGUGGUCGAGGCUUUGCUGAACAUGGGACCCUCAAUCGACAUUUACGUGCCAAAGGAGGUUGUCAUGUUGGGUGUAAAGAACUGGACCAGUUGGAGGUGUCACCAGACCAGUCCACAGAUAGCGUUGCUGCAACUAUCAUCACUGAUGACCCCCAUACAGUGCUGGUGGAGUUCUCUUCGGUGGUGGCCAAUACACAGGAGUAUAUUAUUGAGGGUCCUGCUGAAGUUGCUGGAAGCAGUGAUAUGGGCACUCUGAUCCAAGGCUCUAAGCACCAGGUUGACAACCAGCUCAUGAAAGUUGUGCAGCAAAUCAUGAACCAGGCCAACUCUGGCCAUCAGAUCAUUGUCCAAAAUGUUUCCAUGGAAGACAGCAAUGAGGAAAUAGCAGAUGCAAUCACCAUAGCAACCCCUGAUAGCCUCACCGAGCAGGUUGCAAUGACUCUGGCCUCCAGCAUUGAGGAAGGAGAGGCCUUGACGACCGAUAGCAGCCUGGAGACCAGCCACGACACUGUCACUAUGGUGGGAGCUGAUGACAUUGAGAUGCUGGAACACGCUGAUGAAUACAUGAUUGCUACCCAGGAUGGAGAUGUGGAAAUACAGACAGUGGUGGUGGGUGAAUGAAUGAAUGACGGGAGCUCUUACUGACCCUCCCCACAUCACUACUCAGGGAAAAGAAAUAAUUCAUAGGGUGGAUGCAAGAACCCUGAAUACUGCACUACUGGUCACUGCUUCACACCAGGAAUUCGAUGCCUGGUAGCUCCAUGUAAAGGUCGCUUUCCGAGCCACAGAUUGAUGCGUGUCAAUACUGAUUGUAUUAAAUUAUAUUAAUGAAACUUGAGCUUAAGGUCUUCCUGCAUCACUCAAGCUGUGAGCCAGUUUGCAACUGAUUGUGCUGAGAUAUCCAGUUACUUCGUACUGUGACUGAGCAGUCUAUUUAGCACUUGUACCCAGGGCAUGGAGUUGAUAUGUGACCCAGUUACUGGGCAAUGACAUGAGUGGUGGGUCUGUGCCCACAGGUAUUCUGCUGAUGGUGAGAGCAGGGCAGGAAGAGACAAUGUGAUGGGCUGAUAAACUGGAUUAGUGUUGACCAACAGCUAAGCUUCUCCUCGCAGUUACUUUGUGUAUCCGAUUCUUUGCUUUCUCCUACCUCUCUGUAGUUACUUAAAAACUGCCACAUCUCUAAUUUCUUCCACUUCUGCCAAAAAGGUCAUAGACAUGAAAUGGUAUCUUAUGGUUUUCUCUCCACAGUUGCUGCCUGACAUGCUGAGCAUAAGAACAUGAGAAAUAGGAGCAGGAGUAGGCUACUUAGCCUUUUGAGCCUGCUCCAUCAUUCAAUAAUGUUGCGGUUGAUCUUCUAUGUCAGAUACACCAGCUGCACUAUUGCCAUAUCCCUUGCUCACCUUGGUAUCCAAAAGUGUAACCAUCUCUGACUUGAAGACAUCCAACCAUUGAGCAUUGACAACUGUCUCAGGGAGAAAAUUCCAGAGAUUCACAAUCUUUUGAGUCAAUGUAGUUCAGAGUUGUUCCCAGCAGGACACUUGAUUUGAUGCAACCUUUGUCGACUCAUUUAUUUAAAAAACGAUUCAUGAAAUAGUCAUGACAAGUUUCUGUCUUGCUGUUUCAGCUGCAGUGAUGGCAACUUGGAGUAACAAUCUUGGCAAAGAGUAGCUCUGUGCAUUAAGUAUCAUUGGAUUACUCUUUCCUUUGAUAAAUGAUACCUUGUGGCACUCACCUCUGAACUCUGUUGGAAUCCUGAAGAGAAUCCUGCACCCUCUCGUUUCAUCUCUUAAAAGGACAAGAAUUUAUUUUCAAUUCUGCGCCAGGAAUGUGACGUAUAGUGAACAGAGUCACGGAAAACUAGAAUUCAAGAAUUUAAUCCCCAAUAUCUUGGUUAAAGACCUCAGAGCCCUUUGUAUUAAAAAUGGAAUAUUGGUUAUUGUAACAUAUGAGCCAAUGGCCCUGACAGUGAUUCUGCUCUCCUUGAGACUGUUAAACUGGAUGUAGUACUUCUACUUCCAUUAAAUGUACAGGACUCUUCAUGAUGGAGUGCUGUUUUUAUAUUGUGUGAUAGUUUGUUGCAUGUACAGGUUUGUUGCAUGUACACAAUGAGCUUACUUGUACUGUUCCAGGCCAUCCACCGCUAACUGCCUCUGUUGUAAAUAAGAUUCGAGAGUUGCCUAUCUCGCUGUAAAUAAAAAUGCAGGAUUUUUUAAACCGAUUCUCUAUAACAGCAUGUUUUCUACCCCAGAUUACAGUUCAUUUAAUCAAAUAAUGCAUUUAUGAAUAAUAUUUAGGUAGUUGUUUCAGGGACGUUUUUCACAAAUGUGGAGGACUUUUAAACUUAUUUUGGAAAACAGACGGGUAUAUCUGCAGAAAGUGGCCUUAAGUAUGAACAAAACUAACUGGAUUGUGACAAAAAAAAAACAAAUUGCAUGUGACAGAUCCACGUGAUGCAAGGUAUGUGUCCCUUCAGAGAUUACCUGUCAAGCUUUUCAUAGCAGAAAGAUUAUGUUAGCAUUGUAUAGAUUGUAAAGUAUUCCUUUUAGAUAUUGCCAACAGUGCUUUUGCUACUUGGUAAUGAACUGUGUGCCUGGAGUACAGAUAAUUGCCCAUUCACAGGGUCAUUGUUUCAGGAACUAAAACUCAAGAUGGGUAGCAGAGUUUAGAAUAGGCACAGAUGUGCUUAACUCUACUGCAGGAUCUUCCUGCUGAUGGACAUUUUUUUUCACUCUUGUUUGCAAGUGCAAUGGCUAACUGCUGCAUUGGGGCAUUCCCAUCAGCAAGGGCUGCUGCAUUACAGUGUCCUGGACAUGGGACAUGCUCUGUGGAACGGAUGUAUUUUAUGAAUGAAAAUGCCAUGUGGUUCUGUAUGAGAAUUUCAUCCUUUUAUAUUAAUUUAAUGUUUUAUUUUCAGUGUACUCAAGGCAUGUGUCAAGAUAACUACUUUGCUGAUCCUCACUAUGUGACCUGGUUGACCGCAAAUAAAGGUGGAGUUUGAACAUCA